AUGGCCGCCUUCGGGGCAAGCUAUUUAUCUGAUGGCCGCAAAGUCUUAAGCGGUCCAGGCCAGUUCACCGUCCUGUUUCUAUCAACAAUCACUAACAAUCAGUGGACCGAGUGGCUGGCGUUCUUUCAUUCUCUGGCAUCACCGUCGAGACUCGAGUUGAUGGAGUCUGUCGACGAUAUGCUCCACAUGGGGCGGGUAGUCGAAAUCAUCGAAAUCGCGCCUUGUCACACCCGCGCCCAGACGCCCUAUAUCCCCGCGGCGGCCACGCCUUGCGCGGGAUGCGACGGUACGACUAACUCACCCAUUGUACUACGGCUACGCCCAACAACAGCCGAAGCCAAACCGAAAAGCCUGGUAAGUGAUCAUCCGACUCAGGGUACAGAAGUGGAAGACCCGGAUACGGAGAUGACGGAUGCACCGGCGCUCGAGGAGGGCCGGACAGGUGCCGAUGCUGAAGAACGGUCCGACGAAGAAGAAAUCGGGUACGGCAGCGAGAUGAGUGGCGUAGAAUACAGCGGCCGUUCGACGAGCAUCGCCCAAAUUUUUGAAGAUAUUAUCCAUGUCUCUACACUCAUGGAUAUGGAAUGA